AUGUGUAGCCAGACCUGCUCUGGUAAUGCGACUGCUAUAUGCGGUGCUGGCAACUUGAUCACAUACUACAGGUGGAUGGAUGAACCCCUGCAAAAAUGGAACCGCCCAACUGGAAUCAAUGCCGGACGCUACGAAUUCCUGAUCGGUGGAGUGCUCGUUCCUCUUAUUACCACUGUUGGUAUCAAUGGCAAGAUAACAUUCCAGGAGAAAUCUGGAACUGGAGAUCCAAACACCACUGGAGCAUAUGAAUUUGACCCUUAUUAUGAGAAAGAUUUCAGCAAGGCAUGGCGCGAAAUGCAUGUUAAGACGGACAUCUUCUGUGCUGGAGGACUUGUUCUCCCAGACAAGGUCGGUAGACAACUGACGGUUGGUGGCUGGUCUGGCAUAUCAACUGAGGGUGUCCGACUCUACUGGCCUGAUGGCUCUCCCGGGAAGCCUGGAGUAAAUGACUGGCAUGAAAGUCCAGAUGACUUGAAAUUGCAGAACGGAAGAUGGUAUCCCACUGCGAUGACAAUGUCAAACGGCUCUAUCCUGGUUGUUGGAGGCGAAGAAGGAUCAAAUGGUGCACCUGUACCCACUCUAGAGAUUCUUCCCCGAGUUGGCCCAGUCUUGUUCAUGGACUGGUUGAAGAGGACUGACCCAAACAACCUUUAUCCCUACCUUACACCACUUCCUGGCGGUAACAUCCUAGCUGCUUACUACAACGAAGCAAGGAUCUUGGAUGAGCGGACCUUUGACACUGUCGAAACCCUGCCAAAUAUCCCAGGAGCUGUCAAUAAUGACGCCGGAGGACGAACGUACCCUCUAGAGGGUACCAUGGUACUUUUACCCCAGAAAGCUCCUUAUACCGAUCCCCUUGGUGUCUUGAUUUGCGGUGGCUCUACGCCUUAUGGCGGUGAUGCUUUAGAUAAUUGUGUUUCUAUUCAGCCAGAAGUACCUAACGCCGAAUGGGUGAUAGAACGAAUGCCUUCCAAACGAGUUCUCACCUGUAUGGCCGGCCUUCCCGAUGGAACGUUCCUCAUUUUGAAUGGAGCAAGGAAGGGUGUUGCUGGCUUCGGCCUCGCUGAAGACCCCAAUCUCGGAGCUGUUUUAUAUGAUCCUUCAAAGCCGGUCAACCAGCGUAUGAGCAUCAUGGCAAACACCACUAUUGCCCGCAUGUACCAUUCAGAAGCAAUUCUGAUGGCAGACGGUCGUGUCUUGGUUAGCGGCUCAGACCCACAGGACCCUCGAUUCCCCCAGGAACGCCGAGUUGAGGUUUUCCUCCCCCCCUACAUCCUGUCAGGAGCCCGCCGUCCAACGUUUACCAUUACCAACAAGGACUGGGCCUAUGGCGGGAAAUACAAAAUCAAGAUCACAUCCGGCAAUCAAUCAAGAAUUAAGAUAUCCUUAAUGGGCAUGGUUUCGAGCACCCAUGGAAACAGCUUUGGCUCCAGGACUAUCUUCCCUGCCUUCUCUUGCUCUUUCGGUACUUGCACCAUCACAGCACCACCGGAUAGCCACACAUGCCCUCCGGGAUGGUUCAUGCUAUUCGUACUCGAUGGUCCAACACCUUCUGUUGCGUCCUUCGUCCGAAUAGGCGGAGAUCCUGGUAGACUGGGAGAUUGGCCCGCAACUGGUGGAUUCCCACUUCCCGGUGUUUAA